AUGGACGUAGACCCUAUCCCGUCCGAGUCAGAACCGUUGAUUGCCCAACAAAUCGAUAUGAUCAACGAACCAGAGACGCCCGCACCAGUGACCCCUGCCCCCAGGGGUCGCACUCUGAGCAAAAGGCGCUCCCGCAGCGUCAUCUCCUCGGAGAUAACAAGGCAGCGCACUAGACACCAGGUAGCGCAGGAAGCCGUCUGCCUUACCAGCCUGCCUGCUACAGAGGACACUCCUCCAGCGAAAAGGGCCCAAAGCAAGCAGUCAACCUACCGAAAACAACCAGUAUCGACUAGCGAUACUUUUAGCGAUAACGCAGUAACUGCCCUUCCGAAAUCGCCGGAGGCACCUCUUAUCCCUGCACCUACCCCCUCAGAACAUUCGACUACGAUCGUCCUGGCCGAAGAUAACACGCCUGGCCGUUCAGUAUCA